UUAGUGUCAACCACAUGCAUUUGAACGGUUCAUGUAUCACCACAGCUUUCAUUUCUCGUCAGUUGGGCGUUGGUGAUGAGACUCUAUACAGAGCGGCUUUAAUGCGAUGACGUCACUCAGAGUGCCUCUGUCUUUUCCUCUGUUGUGUCUGCUCAUGAUUGUAGGAACUUUUGGAACAGAGUGGAGUGUGAAGUACAACCAACAGGAAAUCUGUGCUUUAAAAGGUUCCACAGUGUUUAUGAACGGAACUUUUACUCACCCAGAAGGUCUCACAGUGACAGAGAAGUUCUGGGUUAUAGAUCCAGCUCUGAAUCCGAGUUGGCCUGAUAUGUCCCAGAACCCAGAUUACUCAGGCAGAGUCGAAUAUUUGGGUGAUGAACAGAAAUUAGUUUCCCUUAAACUGAGAGAUGUAAUGAAGAAGGAUGAACAUGAGUACUGCGUCAGAAUCAAGACAGAUCAAGAAAUGCAGAAAUAUUUGCAAAGACCUGGAGUUAGGCUCACUGUCACAGAGCUCCAUGUAGAAGCUCCCGAAGAAGUGACAGAGGGACAAACAGCAGAUCUGACAUGUAAGACCACCUGCAGUCUGACUGACCCAUUCAUCUGGUACAAAAAUGGACAUCCUUUAACCACAAAGACCAUCAAGAACAACCAGCUCCACCUGCAGACGGUCAGCAGUGAGGAUGCAGGCAGUUAUAGCUGUGCUGUAGGAGGAUCUCAACACCUCCACUCUACUGCUCACAGCCUCAGAGUCAGAUAUCCUCCAAAGAGCGUCUCAGUGUCCAUCAGUCCCUCUGGUGAAAUAGUGGAGGGCAGUUCAGUGACUCUGACCUGCAGCAGUGAUGGAAACCCACCUGUGAAGAUCUACACCUGGUUUAAGGGAUCAACGCCAGUAGGAGAAGGAAAAAACUACAGCAUACCCAACAUCAGAUCUGAGGACAGUGGAGAAUACAGAUGCCAGAGUUGGAAUGAUCAUGGACAGAGAAUAUCCACUGCUGUUCACUUAAAUGUUCUUUAUCCGCCAAAGAGGGUCUCAGUGUCCAUCAGUCCCUCUGGUGAAAUAGUGGAGGACAGUUCAGUGACUCUGACCUGCAGCAGUGAUGCAAACCCACCUGAGAAGAAUAACACCUGGUUUAAGGGAUCAACGCCAGUAGGAGAAGGAAAAAACUACAGCAUUCCCAACAUCAGAUCUGAUGACAGUGGAGAAUACAGAUGCAAGAGUCGGAAUGAUCUUGGAGAGAGAAGAUCCACUGCUGUGCAGAUAAAUGUUCUUUAUCCUCCAAAGAAUGUCUCAGUGUCCAUCAGUCCCUCAGGUGAAAUAGUGGAGGGCAGUUCAGUGACUCUGACCUGCAGCAGUGAUGGAAACCCACCUGUGAAGAACUACACCUGGUUUAAAGAAGGUGGAACCUCACCUGUAGGAUCUGGACAGAAUUACAUCAUCAUCAACAUCACUGCUGACCACACUGGACUGUACUACUGUGAAGCUCAGAAUGAUCAUGGAGCUCUGAGGUCAGCUGGAGUUCCCGUCUCUUUUAAAGGCUACCCCGUGAUUCUGUAUGUAGCUCUUGGAGUCGGACUCUGUUUUAUUUUUUUAGUCGUUCUCACUGCAGUUUUUUGGAGAUGUUCUGAGAGCAGGAGAAAGAGGCAAGAUGGAAAUACAGAUCAACCAAUCUAUGCGAAUGAAGGCCAAAAAGACCACAGCCCCCGUCCACCUCCUGAAGACAAGUCCAGUGUAUACGCGAAUGUUGCUGUUUUUAAGAAGCAGCGCUGAGACCAUCACCAGCAGUGUUUACCACACCCACAACUGCAGCAACAAUCCACUGGACAGCCACAGCUGAGAGAAAGAGAGAGAGUUUUUAUUUAAUCUAAAACAUCAAAGUGUAACAUACACGCAUCUUCCUGAUCUUUUAUGGGUAUGUUUACAUUUUUAAACCCAAAUCUUUGAUAUCAGCAUUCCUGCAUGUCGAGCUGCUGAAAGCCUUUUAUUCCCCCUCUUAAACAUUAAUGUGAGGGUCUCUUUGGAAUGACGCCAAAGAAGAACCAAAAGCUUUCCUUUCAUUGCAUCAGUCUAGAGAACCCAAUCUGGAACCUUCAUUUCUUAUGGUCUAUAGUAUUAACCUAUUUUAAAGACUUGGAGCUUUUAUGUAUUUAUUGUUUCUAAGAUGUUCCACCAUCAUAUCUUAUAAAGCUGUGUCAGGCCAAAGCUUUGUCUCUACAUUUCUGUUUGUUUCUAUAAUAAAAACUAUUCCAUGCAGUCA